AUGGAAAGAAAAAAUGAAAAAUUAUAUUAUAUUAUUCGUGAUCUUAAAUCUUUACAUGAGUCAGGAUAUUGUCAUAAGGAUUUUCAUAGUGGAAAUAUCUUGCAAAAUGAAUAUUCUUCUUAUAUUUCAGAUUUUGGAUUAACAGGACCAGCAGAUAAGCAAAAAUCAAAUGAUCGAAUAUAUGGAGUAUUACCAUAUAUCGCUCCAGAAGUCUUCUUUGGUGUAAUUUUGGCUGAAUAUUCAUCUGGAAAUCCUCCAUUUUAUGAUAAGAAACAUGAUAUUAAAUUGUCUUUAGAUAUUUGUAAUGGACUUCGUCCAGAUAUUGGAAGAGGAACUCCCGAAUUGUAUAAGAUAUUAGCUUAUAGGUGUAUGAAUGCAAAUCCAAAUCAAAGACCAACGAGCAAUGAAUUGAAGGAUACAUUAAGCAAAGCAUGUAAAGUCAUGCCAUGCAAUCCGGAAGGAAUACCCUUGACACGGUCGCUGUAUGAUUACAGAAUGAGGAAAUACUUACUUCACAACAUAGAAAGGAAAAGCCGACAAAAAGAUGUGGAGAAGAAAUUAUUUCUUAUUGAAGGAAUAUAA